AUGUCGACCAAAUCGGUACUGCAGGGCUUUGUUACAGGUCUGAAACAUCGCCAGGAGGAUGUUCGGUUUAAGACAGCUGUGGAUCUUCAUCACUUUGUCGUGACAGAGCUGCGGGAGAUGCCUCAAGAGGAGGUUGCCUCAUUCAUGGAUGACUUCAACCACCACAUUUUUGAGAUGGUUUCCAGCUCAGAUGUACAUGAGAGAAAAGGAGGAGUUCUAGCAAUUGUUAGUUUGCUGGGAGGUGAUGUCGGAAACAUUGGUACACGCAUGAGUCGAUUUGCCAACUACCUGAUGAAUCUGCUCCCGUCAAACUCCUAUGACCUCGGAGUCAUGGAAAUGGCAGCCAAGGCAGUGGGUAUACUAGCGCUGUCGUCAGGGACCUAUGCGGCAGAGUAUGUGGAGUUUGAAGUGCGCCGGGCCCUGGAGUGGUUAGUCUCUGAUAGAAUUGAGGGCAGACGACAGGCUGCUGUUUUGGUCCUAAAAGAGCUUGCAGUGAACACGCCAACAUUCUUUUAUCAGCAAGUCCAGCAAUUUUUCGACUCCAUCUUUUUUGCAGUCAGAGACCCAAAGCCAUCAAUUCGGGAAGGAGCUGUGGCUGCAUUAAGAGCUGCUCUUGCAGUUACAUCCCAAAGAGAAACCAAGGCUUCACAGAGACAAGUCUAUAAGCAAUGCUUUGAUGAAUCCUUACAACCCUUUGAUGAGACAUUAGGCAGAGAGAAGAAAAUGACCCGCGAUGACUGGAUCCAUGGAUCACUGCUGAUAAUUAAUGAGCUUCUCCGAUGCAGCAACAAUGAAGCAGAGCGUCUGAGAAUGGAGAUUGAAGAAAUCACUUCUGAGCAGGCAAAUUAUGAUAAAACUUCUAAGGAUGUGACAAGCAGGUCCAGGGGUAAUGGAGGAGUGUCUGCACUGCAGCAGAUUCAACAGAAGUCAUCUCCACUGUAUGCUUUCUUCCCAGGGGCCAAGGACUCCCCACAGAAAAUUCCGGUUCCUCUGAUUGAAAGCAAGACUUGUAAAGAUCUGAUGAAUGGGAAUUUUGACAGGAUCUGCAACUUGAUGUUGGCACACCGAACCAGUCGUAGCCCUUACGUCCAACAGACUUUACUCAUAUGUCUCCCGAGGCUUGCUGCUUUUAAUCCUCCAGUUUUCUCUAGAAU